AUGGCUACCAAAGCAAACUCUGUUCCAUAUCCGACUUUGAUUAAAGCUCUUCAUAAUCGUUGGCACCCUGACAUUCCCGCAGUGGUGGCUGUCAAGCCUGGAGAAGUUUUCAAGAUUGAAUGCAUCGAUUGGACUGGCGGACAAAUUGGAAACAACGAUAACAGUGACGAUGUUAAGAACGUUGAUCUCUCGAAGGUGCAUAAUUUGAGUGGACCUAUUGCUGUGGAAGGCGCAGAGCCGGGAGAUUGUCUCGUCGUCGACAUUCUUGAUGUCACACCUUUCGAGCAAAUGCCCUGGGGGUUCACUGGUAUAUUUGAAUUGACCAACGGAGGCGGAUUGUUUGCUCGCGAGUUUAACAGUAAGGCAUGCAAAGCUAUUUGGGACAUUGAAGGAAUAUACGCAACAUCGAGACACAUUCCCGGGGUACGCUUCGCGGGUGUAUCGCAUCCCGGUCUCAUAGGAACAGCACCAUCUGCUGAGCUACUUGCGACAUGGAACAAGCGCGAAGGCGAACUCAUCGCGGCUCAUGCCGACUCCGUGCCAGCCGUGGCCUUCCCUCCAGAACCUAAGGGUGCUUACAUCGGACAGGAUCUACCUAUAGAUCUCGUGGAUAAGAUUGCACGGGAAGGCGCUAGGACGAUUCCCGGUCGAGAGCAUGGUGGAAACUGUGAUAUCAAGAACUUGUCAAGAGGAUCGAGAUGCUACUUCCCCGUUUUUAUAAAAGGAGCAAACCUGUCUGUUGGCGAUUUGCAUUUUUCUCAAGGCGAUAUGUCUUUCUGCGGAGCCAUUGAAAUGGCCGGUAUUAUUACGUUAAAGACAAGCAUCAUCAAAGGAGGCGUAGAGAAGUUUGCUCUGAAGCAGCCUAUAUUCUUGCCGUCGCCAAUCGAUCCGCUUUAUUCCUCAAAGCUCGUAUUCGAAGGUCUUUCUGUAGACUAUCAUGGCGACGGAAAGCAGUAUAACAUGGAUGCGACGGUCGCGUAUAAACAAGCAGCGCUCAAUGCUAUCGCAUAUCUCAUGAAGCUUGGGUAUACCCGUGAACAAGCCUAUAUACUGUUAUCAGCUGCACCAGUGGAAAGCCAUGUCGGAGCACUCGUCGACUCGCCCAAUGCUUGCGUCACUCUGGCUUUACCAGUUGGAAUUUUCGACUUCGAUAUCCUUCCCAGGGACGAUGGACUUACGAAUCAUGACCUUGGUCAAUGUGCGAUCAGGAGCGAUGGAGUCUGUUAA